AUGAUUAAAAAGAUAUUUUGUAAUUUAAUAAUACUAUUUAUUUUGUUUAUUUAUUCACACUCAUGGUUAAAUGAAAAAGGUUUACAUGACCCUCAUUACUCAUUAAAAAAUCUUGAAACAUUACAAAUUUAUAAACAGAAUGGAACAUUACAAAAACUUUAUCAAUUAAAUCCUGAUGAAAAUUUUUAUUAUAAAUUAAAAGAGGCAAUUGAUGUACUUCCAGAAAAUUUAACUUGUUCUAAUAUUUUAUCAGGAAAAUAUUUAAAAUUAUCUAGUGAAUGUCAUGAAGAUUUUUUAUAUGUUUGUAGUAUUUUUAAAAAUAUAAAAAAUUUAAAUGAAAUAACAUCAUUACUUGGGACAGGAGUAUUAUCAAUGAUUGAUGCUACUGGAAUUAAUGGACCAGGAAUUUUACGUGGUAAUUUUUUAGCAAUUGGUCUUAGAACAGAAUGUCAAAAUAUUAAUGUUAAAAUACCUGGAAGAGAUCGACCAUUAACAGCUGAUUUAGCUAAAAUGAUAAAAGAUUUAAAUAGUUCAACAUAUACUUUUGGACAAAAAUGUUCUACCGGUUCUAUAAAAAUAUAUAAGGAUGUUUGUAUACCAUCAACAUGUGCAAAUUAUAAUGAUUUUUAUCAAUUAGCAGUAUUAGUUGAUCGACUUUGGGGACACGAUACAACUGCUGUCUGUGGUGUUGGUGUGUUAAAUGAUAAAGCUGUUGUUAAUUAUCAAGGAAUUAUAACAUAUUCUAUUAUUGGUAUCAUGUUUAGUAUUAGUAUACUUAUAUCAUUAUGGGAAUUAUGGAUACUUCCUUAUCAUAAAAAACUUUUUUAUACAAAAAGUUUACCAAUAAAAUUUUUAAGAUGUUUUUCAUUAUAUACAAAUGUAAAAGGAAUAUUUAAAAUUAAAUCACCACCAAAAAAAGAAGGUGCUCCAACAACAACAAUUGAACCAAUACAUUGUAUGAGAUUUUUUUCAAUGUUUUGGGUUAUAAUGGGUCAUUCAACAUCUGUUUUAGUUGCUGUAACAAAUAAUCCAUUAGAUAUACUUGAUAUUGUUGGAGAUUAUGGUACACAAUAUUUAGUUAAUGCAUUUUAUUCUGUUGAUACUUUUAUUUUUAUUGGAGGACUUUUGAUGUCAUUUAUAUGGUUUAAAAAUUUUAAAAAAAAUAAACGUCGUACUAAUUCAUUUAUGGCAUGGGUUAUGAUAUAUAUUCAUAGAUUUUUAAGAAUAUCUCCUGCUUAUUAUAUGACAAUAGCCUUAUAUACAUUUAUAUUUACUAAUACAUGGAUUAGAAAUUUUCCACGUUAUUAUGCUGCAUCAUUUGGUGAAAAUGAUCCAUGUGUUAAAAAUUGGUGGAUAAAUAUGUUAUAUUUACAAAAUUUUAUUAAUGUUGAUAAUCAAUGCUAUAUUCCAACAUGGUAUUUAGCAACUGAUUUUCAAAUAUUUUUAUUUACACCACUUAUUAUUGUUCCAUUAGCUAUAAAACCAUUAUAUGGUUAUAUAGUUUCAGGAAUUAUUCUUCUUAUUUCAACUAUUUCAAAUCUUAUAAUUGUUUAUGUUUACAAAUUUCCUCCAACUGAUUUUGCUUUUGGUAAUAGAGAAGAUAUUACUGUACCAUAUUGGAAAUAUACAAUGCUUAUUUAUAAUGCUCCAUGGGUACGUUGUCAAGUUUAUAUAUUUGGAAUAUUGGUUGGUUAUUUUUUACAAAUGAAAAAAACAUUAAAAAUAAAUAAAAUUAUUGUAAUAAUAUUAUGGAUUAUUACAUUAGGUUCUUUAGCAGGAAUUGUUUUACCAGUAGCUAAAUGGUCUGGUGGUGAGUAUAUGAAUUUAUCAGGACGUGCUUUUUAUUCAGCAUUUUCUAAAAUUGUUUGGUCACUUGGUUUAUCAUGGAUUAUUAUUGCUUGUUAUUAUGGAUAUGGUGGUAUUAUUAAUAAAUUUAUGUCAAUGAAAAUUUGGAUACCAUUAGGAAAACUUAGUUUUUGUGCUUACUUACUUCAUUAUAUGGUUAUUUUAUAUUUUUAUGGUAUGGAUCAAGGUCCAUUCUUUUUUACAAAUGUUUUUACCACAUUUUGUAAUGUUAUUAUACCUGUUGCUGCAAUUUCAUAUUUUUUAGCAAUAUUUUGGUCAGCAGUAUUUGAAAUUGGUACAGCAAAUAUGAUAACAUUAGCAUUAACUCCACCCAGAAAACCACAGAAAUCAAAAGAAGAAUUACCAAGUUCUGUAAAAAUAAAAAAUAAUAAUGAUUUAUCAAGUAAUAAAAAUGAUAAUGAAGAAAAAAAAGACGUGAUACCACAUAAACAUUCAUUGGUGAAAGAAAUAAUAUUAGAAGAUGACAAUAAUUAUCAAAUAAAAUUCACUUCAAAACUAGAUCCACAAAAAGUUGAACAAAUCUUAUCAUAUUUUAUUGAUAAUGAAAAGAUUGAUGAGAAGAAAAAUUUGUAG